AUGUCGGUGCAGGGUGAAGGUCGGGUGAAAGCAAAUGAAGGUGACCUUGGGAAGAUUAAAGUUUUACCAGAGAAAUUCCAGUCAGUAUUCAGUUUUAUCGUAGCUCUGGCUUUUACCACCAAUCCUACUGCCUGUUCUGCACCCAGUUUUAUCGUAGCUCUGGCUUUUACCACCAAUCCUACUGCCUGUUCUGCACCCAGUUUUAUCGUAGCUCUGGCUUUUACCACCAAUCCUACUGCCUGUUCUGCACCCAGUUUUAUCGUAGCUCUGGCUUUUACCACCAAUCCUACUGCCUGUUCUGCACCCAGUUUUAUCGUAGCUCUGGCUUUUACCACCAAUCCUACUGCCUGUUCUGCACCCAGUUUUAUCGUAGCUCUGGCUUUUACCACCAAUCCUACUGCCUGUUCUGCACCCAGUUUUAUCGUAGCUCUGGCUUUUACCACCAAUCCUACUGCCUGUUCUGCACCCAGUUUUAUCGUAGCUCUGGCUUUUACCACCAAUCCUACUGCCUGUUCUGCACCCAGUUUUAUCGUAGCUCUGGCUUUUACCACCAAUCCUACUGCCUGUUCUGCACCCAGUUUUAUCGUAGCUCUGGCUUUUACCACCAAUCCUACUGCCUGUUCUGCACCCAGUUUUAUCGUAGCUCUGGCUUUUACCACCAAUCCUACUGCCUGUUCUGCACCCAGUUUUAUCGUAGCUCUGGCUUUUACAACCAAUCCUACUGCCUGUUCUGCACCCAGUUUUAUCGUAGCUCUGGCUUUUACCACCAAUCCUACUGCCUGUUCUGCACCCAGUUUUAUCGUAGCUCUGGCUUUUACCACCAAUCCUACUGCCUGUUCUGCACCCAGUUUUAUCGUAGCUCUGGCUUUUACCACCAAUCCUACUGCCUGUUCUGCACCCAGUUUUAUCGUAGCUCUGGCUUUUACCACCAAUCCUACUGCCUGUUCUGCACCCAGUUUUAUCGUAGCUCUGGCUUUUACCACCAAUCCUACUGCCUGUUCUGCACCCAGUUUUAUCGUAGCUCUGGCUUUUACAACCAAUCCUACUGCCUGUUCUGCACCCAGUUUUAUCGUAGCUCUGGCUUUUACCACCAAUCCUACUGCCUGUUCUGCACCCAGUUUUAUCGUAGCUCUGACUUUUACAACCAAUCCUACUGCCUGUUCUGCACCCAGUUUUAUCGUAGCUCUGGCUUUUACCACCAAUCCUACUGCCUGUUCUGCACCCAGUUUUAUCGUAGCUCUGGCUUUUACAACCAAUCCUACUGCCUGUUCUGCACCCAGUUUUAUCGUAGCUCUGGCUUUUACAACCAAUCCUACUGCCUGUUCUGCACCCAGUUUUAUCGUAGCUCUGGCUUUUACCACCAAUCCUACUGCCUGUUCUGCACCCAGUUUUAUCGUAGCUCUGGCUUUUACAACCAAUCCUACUGCCUGUUCUGCACCCAGUUUUAUCUUUUAUCGUAGCUCUGGCUCUACAACCAAUCCUACUGCCUGUUCUGCACCCAGUUUUAUCGUAGCUCUGGCUUUUACCACCAAUCCUACUGCCUGUUCUGCACCCAGUUUUAUCGUAGCUCUGGCUUUUACAACCAAUCCUACUGCCUGUUCUGCACCCAGUUUUAUCGUAGCUCUGGCUUUUACCACCAAUCCUACUGCCUGUUCUGCACCCAGUUUUAUCGUAGCUCUGGCUUUUACCACCAAUCCUACUGCCUGUUCUGCACCCAGUUUUAUCGUAGCUCUGGCUUUUACCACCAAUCCUACUGCCUGUUCUGCACCCAGUUUUAUCGUAGCUCUGGCUUUUACCACCAAUCCUACUGCCUGUUCUGCACCCAGUUUUAUCGUAGCUCUGGCUUUUACCACCAAUCCUACUGCCUGUUCUGCACCCAGUUUUAUCGUAGCUCUGGCUUUUACCACCAAUCCUACUGCCUGUUCUGCACCCAGUUUUAUCGUAGCUCUGGCUUUUACCACCAAUCCUACUGCCUGUUCUGCACCCAGUUUUAUCGUAGCUCUGGCUUUUACAACCAAUCCUACUGCCUGUUCUGCACCCAGUUUUAUCGUAGCUCUGGCUUUUACCACCAAUCCUACUGCCUGUUCUGCACCCAGUUUUAUCGUAGCUCUGGCUUUUACCACCAAUCCUACUGCCUGUUCUGCACCCAGUUUUAUCGUAGCUCUGGCUUUUACCACCAAUCCUACUGCCUGUUCUGCACCCAGUUUUAUCGUAGCUCUGGCUUUUACCACCAAUCCUACUGCCUGUUCUGCACCCAGUUUUAUCGUAGCUCUGGCUUUUACCACCAAUCCUACUGCCUGUUCUGCACCCAGUUUUAUCGUAGCUCUGGCUUUUACAACCAAUCCUACUGCCUGUUCUGCACCCAGUUUUAUCGUAGCUCUGGCUUUUACCACCAAUCCUACUGCCUGUUCUGCACCCAGUUUUAUCGUAGCUCUGGCUUUUACAACCAAUCCUACUGCCUGUUCUGCACCCAGUUUUAUCGUAGCUCUGGCUUUUACCACCAAUCCUACUGCCUGUUCUGCACCCAGUUUUAUCGUAGCUCUGGCUUUUACAACCAAUCCUACUGCCUGUUCUGCACCCAGUUUUAUCGUAGCUCUGGCUUUUACAACCAAUCCUACUGCCUGUUCUGCACCCAGUUUUAUCGUAGCUCUGGCUUUUACCACCAAUCCUACUGCCUGUUCUGCACCCAGUUUUAUCGUAGCUCUGGCUUUUACCACCAAUCCUACUGCCUGUUCUGCACCCAGUUUUAUCGUAGCUCUGGCUUUUACCACCAAUCCUACUGCCUGUUCUGCACCCAGUUUUAUCGUAGCUCUGGCUUUUACAACCAAUCCUACUGCCUGUUCUGCACCCAGUUUUAUCGUAGCUCUGGCUCUACAACCAAUCCUACUGCCUGUUCUGCACCCAGUUUUAUCGUAG